AUGAUGGAACAAACCGGAUAUAGCUUGCCUAAAAGGCAACAAGAACUUAAUGCUAAGGUUAAAGAAGCAGUGUUACAGAAUGUUGACUUUAAUGAAAUUAAGUCUUUAGAAGAAAAAUCAGACUUAGAUAAAUUAUUCAAAAUUGAUGUUGCUUCUGAGUAUAAAGAAGUAGCUUAUAUUAUAGAAAUAUUAACAAGUGGAGACCCACUAUAUAUUUCAAGAGCUUUAAGAUGUACUUGGCUCUAUGAUGCAGAAUAUAUGUCGAUCAUUAACCCUGAUUAUCUACAAUCAAACGUAUUCCCAUUAAUGUCAAUAAAAAUGAUAAAGAAAACAUUAACAACUAUAUCCAAACAUAUAAGAGACGAAGAAAGGGCACUUAGUUUUUACAAAUAUUGUAGAAAAAUUAAAUGGGAUAAUAUUGCAUUUAAGUUUUUAUUAUUUUGUUCUGAGAAAUACAAAUUAGAGUAUCUACAGACCAAAGACGUAGAUGAAUCAAAAAUUGCUCAGUUUGUUGGGAAUUCGUUUUUACUUGCUGAAACAUAUUUAGAUUUGGAAGAAGUAAAAUAUCCCAUAACAAUUUUACUUGGGAAGCUAUGUUAUCUGUACUCAGUAUGUAAUGAAACAUACUUGGAUCUUUUUGAAAGUUAUUGUGAUUAUCCAAGUACAGAACAAUUUGGCCUUAGAAUUUCCAAAAAUAUUUUAACUAAGCACAAACAAAGGGUAAUGAAAGAGCCAGAACUUUAUGUUAAGCAUCUGAAUACUAAUAUGUUGAUAAAAUAUUCUACUGUAGAAGAUGCUAAGUUUUAUUUAAAUGCUUUGAGUAUGCCCCAUGAGGUUGCAGAGUUUUGGUACUCUCUUAGGGAACAAACAACCAAAAUUAUACCAAUCUUAACAAUAUUGCCUGAAAAUGAAAGGCUCAAUUUUUUAACUCAAAUAUUUAUGGCAAAAUAUCCUGGAGAGCCUUUUGAGAGUUCUAAAAUGUUUUAUUAUCAAAAAUUAUUCAAGCUGAUGACGUUUGAAGAGAAGGAAGCAUGGGCCUUGAAAUACUUGAAGGAAAAUACAAAAUGGUUGGACAAAGACCAAGAAUUUAUUUGGUGUAAAUUUGUAAAUUUUCAAUUAGCAUUCAAAGCUAUAAAGAAGUACAUACUAGUCACAACUGAUUGUAAUAAGAGAAGCCAAAUGCUCGAUAUUUUAAUAGAUGUUGCUGGAACUGAAGAAAAUUUGACAAAAGUUAUGAAUUAUUACUAUGAUAGACAUAUUAAUGAAAGAGAAAAUGUCAAAGAAGAAUUUGUCAAUAAAAUAUAUAGAAGUCACAAUGUUUUCAAAUUCGAAGAAUCCUGCUGGAAAGUUUUUAAUAAAAUCUUAUACAGUAUGAAAGUUUACACGAAACAGCCGAGCUAUUACAAUGAUGAAUUUAGGACAAUUUGCAUUGUUUAUCAUAUUAUAAACAACAAAGAUGUACCUGACACAUUACAUGCUGAGAAAAUUAAUGAAUCACAAGUUAAGUAUUUCGAACUACAAAUAAAACUAUUAACAGAUGAUCAGAACAGGUUGAUAUACCAGUAUUAUUUAAACCUGUUCACUAAAACAGUUGAAACAUAUGAAGAUCGAGAGUAUGAUGAAAACAUCCGUGCAGAAUUAAAACCUAUCCUAUAUGGGGCGAUACUCAUUUUGGCACUCUUCAAAAAAACCAAGGCAGACUGUCCAAAAGUUAUUAUGAAAUAUAUAAAACUUGAUUGGAGUUAUUUUGAAGAACUGGAUUUUCUGUCAGAUGAGAAAAUAUCGCAAGGUUACCUAAUACGCCUCCUAAAACAAAAUGCCAAGUUACUAUUGGAUAAAUUACCAGAUGUAAAAGCUGCCUUUACAAGACAUUACUUAAAUUAUAUCUCAUUGCGACUUAACAGAGUUAUGAAAAAAAUAAAGGUUUACUUUUCAAAUGACUUUGCCAAGGAUGUGCUGAACGCUUUAGAAGAAUGGUUUUUAGAAAUGGAUCGAUAUACUUAUUUGAAGCUGUAUCACGUCACAAUUUGCAGUAUAUUGCAAAUAGCAGAUGAAGACUAUAAAAUAAAGUUUAUAUCCAAAUAUGCUCCUACUGUGUCGAAGGUAGCAUAUGAUGAGAUAGAUCACAAUAUCUUACAAAUUCAAGCGAACAUUUGCCGAUAUGCGCAAUAUUCGAGGCCGCCGUUGCCUUUGCAGGAAAUUCUUAAAUACAUCAAGGGUGACUACGUGCAGUGUUGCUUGCCCAUGUUCGAAUCCCUCACCGUCAACUUGCCACGACCUUUAGCUUGUCAAUUCAUUGAAGCAAAUCUCGAUUGUCCGGUGUCCAUACAGAAACAUGGCAUACGUCUAGCAUUCCACUACUUUAAUAUUAAAAGAUUGGAGAAGUUCAUAUUAGAUAAUUGGGGCAACACAAAAAAUGUGUUUCUACGUAAAGUUAUAUAUAAAGCGCUAUUUUAUCGUGUAGUCAAAGAUGAGAAUGCAAACGUGAGGUUUUAUGAAUUACUUAAAAUGAUUACGUCGGAAUUAAAUGAAGAUGACGACGAUGAUAUAUUUAAUCUAUUUUCUGAAGUAACAUCACUUCCCAAAGCAUUAAAAAGUGACUAUCUAGAGGUAGCAUGGACAACUGUUGAGAAAUUACCAAAUAAAAGCCUAAAAAAUGUGGACCGACAGUGUGGAGUCAUUAUAACAAUUAGAUCAAAUAUUCAUAUAAUGAAUAAAGAAUUCUGUCGCGAACAAAUUCUAGACGAAUUCGUCAAAUCGAUGUUGUUUGAGAGAAAAAUUCACGAAGAGUGCAAAAAUCGAGAAACUGAAAUAUUAAAUCAAGAGAAGUGGAAUCUCGCAGUGGCCUACAUCACUCAUUUCGAUAAUUCAGAACAACUUACCAAAAGAGUUGAACUGGCGUCUGUUAUUAUUAAAAAGUGCGUUGAAAUGUGGGAUUAUUCACACGAACGUGUUUACACCAUCCGCCAAUUCAUAAUGGAGUUUUUAAAUAAUUUGCUGAAUCAGGCAUAUCGGGAUGACGACAAAGUUACACCUGUCCUACAGAGCAUCAUCAACCAGCUCGAGCAAUCACUACCAAUAAAACAAAUAUAUUUAUUGUACUGUAAAUUAAAUUUUGCAGUUAUUUCAAAACAGGUGAUGGGACCCAAAAAAAUUGAGUCAAACUCUGGAGAAAUAAAUUACAGUCAUUUAAAAAUGGAGGAUGUUGCAGCAAAUUUUACUGACAAAUUGGUAAAAUUUUUAAUAAGUCUCAAACGUCACAAAAUGCUGUAUAUAAGCUGUUAUAGUGAGCUCGCCUUUGAGAUAACAAAUGUUCUUGAUACGAUGACAUAUGAUACAAAAUGGAAAAGCAAAGACUUAUCGAUCGAAGUGUGUGAUCGUUUGACCGACAUACAAAGGCUUGAAACUUUUACUAUAGCGACAAUAAUGAUACCGAUGGCGGAUGAUGAAAAAAUGGAGAAAAAUAUUUCUAAAGUGAUAAAUAAAAUUAUAGAAUAUGAUCACGAUGAGUUAGAAGUUCUCUUAUGGAAUAAAAUGAUGAAUAAUAAUUACAAGGUGUUUUUAACUGACAAUACAAAGAAGAAAGCUCGCAAUCCGGGCGUAUUUUACUUUUAUAUUUUUUUGGCUGUAUGUGCCGCGAUGUUACUGAUGAUUCUGAAUCCAUUUAAGGACUUUUUCUUUUUGAAUGGCAGGAGAAAA